GGGUGCGCCAGUGUGCGUCAGUGAGCCAGUCUGCCAGUCCCUGUCAUGGAGCGUGUGCUGCUGCUGACGGUGUGCGUGGCCACGGGCCUGUUCGCGUGCUCGUGGGGGUCAUACAGCGCGGGGGCAGGCGUCCUGGCUGCGGCGGCUUUCAUCUUAGGUGCGCUCUGGACACGCGCGUGGGGCAAAGAGGAGAGGCUGCCCUGCGCCGGGAGAGCCGUGCUCAUCACAGGCUGUGAUUCCGGGUUUGGUCACGGCUUGGCUCUGCGCCUCAGUGGGCUCGGAAUGCAGGUUUUCGCUGGAGUCUUGGAUAGUGAAGGCGACGGAGCAAAGAAGCUGAAAGAAUGGGACCCUGAACGCAUCGCAGUUUUACAGAUGGACGUGACCAACCCUGAACAUAUCGCACAGGUUAAAGAGACCAUAAACAAACGGCUUGGACAAAAAGGCCUGUGGGGGCUGGUGAACAAUGCGGGGCUUCUUUUGUGCCCCGUCGACGCAGAGCUCCAGUCCACUUCUUCUCUCCGGCGUCUGAUGGAGGUGAACUUCCUGUCAGCUGUUACCGUGACACAGACGUUCCUCCCUCUGAUCAGAAAAGCCAAAGGAAGGGUGGUCGGUGUGUCCAGUCUAGCAGGAGAGGUGCCGAUGCCUCUUUUGUCUGCCUACUCUGCGUCUAAAGCAGCUCUGGCCUGCUUCUGCAGAGUGCUCAGACUGGAGAUGCUCCAGUGGGGAGUCCAUGUGGCCGUCAUCCAACCAUCGGGAUUCAAGACAAAGAUCUUUGGCAGCAGUGAUGAUGUGUCCCGGUACAGAGAGGAGCUGCUCUCUCACACGUCCCCCGAGCUCCUCCAGGACUAUGGUCAGGACUACAUCUCCAGUCUGCCCUCCGUGCUGGACACCAUGUCCCAGGCAACGAAGCAGGACAUGUCCCCUGUGCUGGACUGUAUAGAGCACGCUCUUCUGUCCACACAUCCCAGACCACUCUACUGCCCCGGCAAGUCCGCCUGGCUUCUCCCCUUCCUCUACACGCACCUGCCCACUGCCACCUUUGACAGGUUCACCGUGCGGGUUAGAAACAUUCAGAAGUGACACCUGUCGCCCCUGGUCCUGCAGAACUAAAGUCCAACUGUUGCUCCAGAACUGAACUCCACCUGUCGCUCUGCAGAAGUGAAUUACACCUGUCGCUCUGCAGAAGUGAAUUACACCUGUCGAUUUGCCAAAACUGAACUAUGAGAAUAUUGUGUAAAAUGCAAAACCAGUUUGGCUGCCUGGCAAAUCCAGACUGAUCUGCAUUUUUUUAUACAGAGGCAUCUGGUCACCACUCCCUCUGUCGCAUCUCAAGUCAGAACCAAACAUGGUUUAUCAAUGAUCGUCCAAUCUGAUUUGUUUAUUUCAGUGACACAUGUGAAAUGAAGGAGCUCAUUGGUCACACAUUGUUUUGAACAAAAUGACAUUUCUCUCCCAUCAGAUGAACAGAGUUUAGUUCUUCUCUCUUUGAUUCUGCAGAAAUCCUACAUGUUUUUCAGUCCUCUGUGAGCUUUUUUCCCUUUUAUUUUUCCACGUAAGCAGUCAUAUUUGUUUUGAUAUGGAUGGACCAUGCAUGUCUCUGAUUGGCUAAUACUUUUCAUCUGAACAAAUGGGGCCAAACAGAACUAGCCGGUGGUGUCUGAAAAGGUCUUACUCAGGGAAAAACUUUGUGUUUUUUUUACACUGCACUCUACUAACAUGAGCUGUCCACUGGAGUUUUGACCACUUUAAGACUAAACUAGGACCAAACCAGGUCUAAACUACUACUAAAAUACUAAAACAGGUCUAAACUAGGACUAAACCAGGACUAAACUAAGAAUAAACUGGGACUAAAGCAGGUCUAAACCAGGAUUAAACAAGGUCUGAACCAGGAGUAAAUCAGGACUAAAUCAGAAAUAAUCCAGGACUAAACCGGGACUAAUGGUGAAUUUUUUUUUUAGAAAUUUGUCAAUUUUCAAAAAACUUGGUUCAUAAUAAAUACAUUUUUCAAAAAAUAAAUAAAGGUUAAAUUUUCUUCAGUAGUAAAUCUUGUUUGAGUUGGUGCUGCACCUGAUUUUUAUCAAUUUACAAACAUGAAAAACAACUGAUUCAUUUUAACCAGUUUGCAGUGGUCCAAAGUUUUUCUUCACUUACCUUAUGCAUUCUGAACAUCCUAAUUAUUCAUCAUGAUGAGUUUAUAAGCUGAGAAUUUCACCAUGAUGGUAAGGCUAACAACAACUAGAACACUAACAUGCACUUACUGAUUCUCGGACAAUAAAACUAUAAUCUGAUGCAGACAGUUCACACUUAUUUUGACCUGAAGAGCUGCUUAUACAGUAUAUCUGCACUGGGGCAAGACACAUUUUGCUUAAAUACACGGGGAAAAAUUGUGUAGAGGCUCUUUAAAAAAAUUAAUUAUUAAACUAUGCUCCCAAAUUAAAAAUUCAACUUCAUAGCUGAGGUCACGGUGACUGUCGUAACAUGAAAUAACACAUAGACAUGGUAAUACUUUUGAAUAGCUAUCUGACUGUGAGCUGCCUGAACCUGCUCCGAGAGAAUGAUUCACAGAACACUGCAAACCGAAACAAAAUGCUUCAAUGAGCAUCAAGAACAGCAAGUGUUCGCCAAGAAUUCCAACCAUGAAUGAGCACCUGCACCGGCCUCUAGGGAACAGGGCGGAAUUCUGUGGUGGAACUUUUAUUAACUGUCAGAAUGAAGAUUUAUUCGUGUUUAAUAUUUGUGUAAUUACAGAGCACACUUAACCACAUGAAACUACAUGUCUUCUCUAUCUGAAUAAAUAACAUUUUUAGAUUUUGGCUAAUGCUUUUCUCUGAACAUUUACAUCCAAAAAAUUGCAGAUUUCCCCCAAAAUUU